AGAUCUGCAGACCUGCUCUAGGCGCUGUAGACCUGCAGAGAGGAGCACUGUGCCCAACCGGCUGGAGCUUUCUUCCAGUGUCCUUCCCUAGACAAGAGCCCACCUGUGGUCCCCAGGCUCAGGAUCUGCUUGGAAGGACAGAGAGUGAGGUUAGUGACCCUGGCUGCAGCUCAGCUGCCUAGUCCUGUGGACCAUUAGCUGCUGCCCUGCCGUGGCUGAGGGGGGCAGCCAAAGCUCAUUAGGAAGUACACGUGAUGGCAUUGACCCAGUGGCACCUUCUCUGCAAAAGGAGCUUGGCUUUGCACCUCAUGUCCUUUUAGAGCCUCUCACUUUAAUGUUCUUGCCAGUUCUCCCAUAUCUGCUUGCCACUCUGAGCUGUGUUCUUUCUGGCAACUACUUCUCUGGCCUCUUCUGUCCUAGGCCAAGUCUUCUAAGUGUGGUGCAGAAUACUGUGCUUUGUGUAUCUGUGCGGGUGUGUGCACACGUGUGUAUGUGUAGCUAGGAGGCCUCAGGGCUAGCCUAUUUCGGUGAAAACUACAGUGUGUCUAGCAUCCUCAGUAGGGUCCUGGGAGAGCACGUUCAUGUGUAGCAUCUGUGCCUGGGAAGACAGACACAGCAGCAGUUUCUGAGGCUCAGCUGUGCCCUCUGCUCUAUCUCUUGAUGCCCACUCAUUCCCGCAGCCCCUCCUCUUGGCUGUUCCGUGUCUGCGCAUGUCUCCCUUGCAGUAUGAAGAAGCACAGACAGUUCUCUCUGGGCCACACAACUAGCAAGUGGCAGAAUCGUGAUGUAUACCAGGCAUAUUGGUGACUCCUGAGGAUUCUGCCAGCCCCUGGAAGGAAAGUAUGUCCCAUGCCUGGAGCUCAACCUUGGCACAUCCUGCCACACACACUCACCUUUAGUCUCCGCUCUCCACAGUCCUCCAUUAUGAGUGUAGAAACAGGCUUAGAGCCUAGAGUUCCUAGCAAGUAUGGAACCAAAUCUGCACUGCCAUGAGCCCUGGGCUCUGGCUUCCUAUGCCUGGAGUGGGAAGCUCUGUGUCCUUGGUAGACUUGGGGACACUUCUCUUGUGUAAAGAUAACAGAAGCUCCACAGAGGGAAAAGAUUGUCCCUACUGGUGUCUGGCAGACAUCUGCUGGUUCCUGUUUGUUGCUUUUCUCUUAGCAGACUGUUGACUUGUUCCCAGUCCUCUGUUUCCCAUUGUUUGGGUAUUGUGCUGAUGGCUAAGUUGCUCUUGGAGACCCCAGAUACCCAUAUGGGGGAGACUCUUCCAAGGGUCAUCUUCGUGGUGCUGUGUGGCCUUGCAGGACUGAACUUCCUUUCCCUGCCUCCCUUAUUUUGAAACAGAGUCUUGCCCAGGCUGAGCUUGAAUCUGUGAUCCUUCUGCCUCUGCCUCCCAGAGUACUGGGAUUACAGAUAUGCACCACUGUGCCCAGCAGUGGGAACUUCUUUCUCUUCUUCAGAGCCUUUGUGAUGCCAGACAGCCUGGGAGGUAAGACCUGUCUUGCAGGGAAAGCUCAGGAGCUCAGCCCCAUCUCCACUUCCAGUGCCCUGUGGUCAUUGCCUAUAAGAAAAGCUUAAAAAUCUUAGCUUUCUGGGGCCGAAAAAAAAGAGAGGAGGGAAGGAUUAUUGGCUGUGUGAGAAGACUUAGCCAUCUCUGUUGCUAAGGACAGAGCAGAUGGAUUGCCUUCCAUUGUAACUACAUGAAAAGCAGUCAUUUUUUUUUAGUACCGGGGAUUGAACUCAGGGACUUACACAUGCUAGGCUGGUGCUCCACCACUAAGCUACAUCCCCAACCCCUUCAGUCCAUUAUUCUACAAUGUCAGGAUUGAGGGGGGUGGACAGUCUCCUGCUUUGGCAUAGCGAAGGGUCUGGAUGCACAUAAGAUCUGAUCACUGUCUUCCUUAAGUUUGAUAGCGAUGGUAAGACCUUAUAUUUACAAAUAACCAUUAUCCAUGAGGAGGGCUUGGUGCCAAAGCAUAAAGGUAGAGAAUCGCAGGAGGAAGUAAUUUAUAGUCAUUUAUAGAAGUCAUUUAUGGAAGAAGGGAAUUCAUGUAUAGAAGUGUUGCUGACUCGGUGGGUCAGAGGUGGCUACAGAAAGUGGGACCUGUGUGAUGUGCACUGUCAGGCUUCUUACAUCACAACCUCCAGUCAUCGACCACCACACAUGUUUGUACCGUUUUCCUGAGCUUUUUAGCUGCACAUGUUGGAACUGGCCCCUGGGGAUAGCAGUGGGCCCUCUUAUCUCUUUGCACCUUCUUGAAUUUGGAACUGCCCCGUCACCGUGACCCAUGCUGCUGCUCAGUAUUUAAGCUCAGAGUGCCUCAGGAGUUCCUGCAGCUGGGCGUAGUGGUGCACAUCUGUAAGCAGGUGAAGAAUCCACAGCUUUGAACAGUGAUCCUGCCUUGAGAAACUGCUGCUAGAGACCAGCAGGACCCAAGACUCCUGGUCACCACGGCUUCUUGCCCUCAACUGCGGACCUCUGGCCCCCUCUGCUGGCCACAGGACUUCCUACCACCACUAUACAGAUGAAGUCCAAAGAGAAAGAGACUGCUGGUGACAAGGGAGACCUCGUGGCCCUGAGCCUCCCCUCUGGCACCAGCCAUGGUGACACUGAUGGCCCCAUCAGCCUGGAUGUGCCGGAUGGGGCUCCAGACCCUCAGCGGACCAAAGCUGCCAUCGACCACCUGCACCAGAAGAUCCUGAAGAUCACAGAGCAGAUCAAGAUUGAGCAGGAGGCACGGGAUGACAACGUGGCGGAGUACCUGAAGCUGGCCAACAAUGCAGACAAGCAGCAGGUGUCACGCAUCAAGCAGGUGUUUGAGAAGAAGAAUCAGAAGUCGGCCCAGACCAUCGCACAGCUGCACAAGAAGCUGGAGCACUACCGCCGGCGCCUGAAGGAGAUUGAGCAGAACGGGCCCUCGAGGCAGCCCAAGGAUGUGCUGCGGGAUAUGCAGCAGGGCCUCAAGGACGUGGGCGCCAACAUGCGCGCGGGCAUCAGUGGCUUCGGGGGUGGCGUGGUGGAGGGCGUAAAGGGUAGCCUCUCUGGCCUGUCGCAGGCUACCCACACUGCCGUGGUGUCUAAGCCUCGGGAGUUCGCCAGCCUCAUCCGCAACAAGUUUGGCAGUGCUGACAACAUCGCCCACCUGAAGGACCCCCUGGAAGAUGGGGCUCCUGAGGAGGCAGCCCGGGCACUGAGCGGCAGCGCCACACUUGUGUCCAGCCCCAAGUACGGCAGUGAUGACGAGUGUUCCAGUGCCAGUGCCAGCUCGGCUGGGGCAGGCAGCAACUCCGGGGCUGGGCCUGGGGGUGCUCUGGGGAGCCCCAAGUCUAACACGCUGUACGGUACCACUGGAAACCUAGACACUCUGCUGGAGGAGCUGCGAGAGAUCAAGGAGGGACAGUCACACCUGGAGGACUCCAUGGAGGACCUGAAGACGCAGCUGCAGAGGGACUACACCUACAUGACGCAGUGCCUGCAGGAGGAGCGCUACAGGUACGAGCGACUGGAGGAGCAGCUGAAUGAUUUGACUGAGCUUCACCAAAACGAGAUGACCAACCUGAAGCAGGAGCUGGCCAGCAUGGAGGAGAAGGUGGCCUACCAGUCCUACGAGAGGGCUCGGGACAUCCAGGAGGCUGUGGAGUCCUGCCUGACCCGAGUCACCAAGCUGGAGCUGCAGCAGCAACAGCAGCAGGUGGUGCAGCUGGAGGGCGUGGAGAAUGCCAAUGCGCGGGCCCUGCUGGGAAAGUUCAUCAACGUGAUCCUGGCGCUUAUGGCCGUGCUGCUGGUGUUCGUGUCUACCAUUGCCAACUUCAUCACGCCCCUCAUGAAGACGCGCAUGCGCAUCACCAGCACCGCCCUCCUGGUCCUCGUCCUCUUCCUGCUCUGGAAGCACUGGGAUUCCCUCACCUACCUCCUGGAGCACGUGUUGCUGCCCAGCUGAGCAGCCAGCCUGGCCUGCCCUGUGCUCCCUGGCCUCCUGCUGACCACACUUCUCUAGGAGAGACCCUGGGACUUCAGAGUCCCUUGGACUUCUUCAUUUGUCCGGUUUGGCCUCCUGCCCAGCCUGUCCAUCACAGCUGUGCCCGUCCAGCCUCUGUUCCUGCUUCUGUCUGACACCUUCUCUCUGUGGCCGAAUAGAGCAGAGGACACCAGGACUGGGUUGUUUUGAUUAUUUACAGGACUUCUCCCAGCUGACCUCAGGAUAUCCCAGGUCAAGAAGGCCAGCAAGAACAAGAGAAAGCCAGGUCUCUGCCUCAGCUUCCCUAGGAAAGAACUACCCCGGAGGCAUCCAUGGCCUCCCAUGGAGAGAGGAAGAAGGCGAGCAAGGGAGAGGUGGUGUUGGCCCUGAGAGUGCAGGAAACGGUGGCUCCUCAGCCUCCAGACAGGUCUAGGGCCAGAGAAUAGGCUCAGUGUAGCACUUGAGAGCUCAGCCUAUGCCUUGCCCCUCUUUCUGCAGAGCUGGCCCAGCUACUGGGGCUUGGCUGUGCCUGUCAUGGUCUGAAGGAUGUGCCUGCCAUGGUCUGAAGGAUGUGAAGGCUUUGAGGCUGGGUGUGGCUUUGGACUUGUGUUUUCCCCUGCUACUCUCUGCCUGAUUGUCACUGGAUCUUGUGUUUUCAGGGAACUGGCCCCAGGGGCUGUGAGCCUUGGCCAAGCCCUUCUGCCUCUGGGUACAUGAUGGAUCCUAAUUAUUUUAUUUUAUUUAUUUAUUUGUUCCUUUCUCCCUUACCUUUCCUGAGCUCCAGGGAGAGGACCUGCCUGGUCUUCCCUCUGAAGUCAGGGCUUAUCCUUGGCUCAUCAGGUACUUCCAUCCUGUGUAGCCUCUGGAAUAUCCUGGCUGGGAGAAGUGGGAUGGGGAGCUCCCAGCCCCACUGUCCUGAGCAGGCCCAUGGCUGAGUGGGAAGAGUGUGGCCUCUUUUGUAUGUCUAUUUAUUUUGUAUGUGUGUAUUUGUGGGGAGGAGGCUGCUGUUGCUUUCUUUUUUUUAAGCUCUGGAGUGUUGUGAUGGUUUCUGUUCACAUCUCAGCCUCCCCAUGGGCACUUCAAGCACAGAGGGCAUUUCUUAGAAUGGGGAAGAGGAAUCCCCCAGAGCAGAGAAAGCAGUGCCUGCCAGCUGUGUGGACCUUCCUGAGAAAUAAAUAACCUCUAAAUUUUCAAACCA